CGCCACACCUCUCUCAGGUCGCCGUUCAGGCCAGCUGCCGCCGCCGACGCAGCUAGAGAGAGGCAGAAUAUAGAGCUCUUUGGGGCCUGGUUGAGGUCGGGAGGCAUGCUAAUUGACGACUCUGUUGGGAGCACAGCUGAGUUGGGGGAUGAGGACCGCAGCGUGUCCGGUGAUUCCCUGUCGGAAUGGCGGUCCUGCGACCAGGUCGACAACGGGAGCCCUUCUACGUCCCCUCCCUUCUGGGACACGGAUGGCGAAGACGAUGAUCCUGGGCCUGGUCCUUCAAGUUUAUUUGGGCGACACACAUGGCGUAUUGCAAACUUUUCAAAGGAGAAGAAAAGAGAAAUGAAAAGUGAACCAUUUGAAGCUGGUGGAUUUAAGUGGUACAUUCUAGUUUACCCUCAAGGAUGUGAUGUGUCCAAUCACUUGUCGCUGUUUCUGUGUGUUGCUAAUCAUGACAAACACCUUCCAGGAUGGAGCCAGUUUGCACAGUUCACCAUAGCCGUGGGCAAUCUUGAUCCUAAGAAGGUUAAAUAUUCUGAUACCUUGCACAAAUUCUGGAAGAAGGAGCAUGACUGGGGAUGGAAGAAAUUCAUGGAGUUGUCAAAGAUUCAAGAUGGUUUUCUUGUCGAUGAUGUCCUCGAAAUCAUAGCUCAAGUUCAAGUUAUUAGGGAGAAAGUGGACCGCCCGUUUCGUUGCCUUGAUCGCCUUUAUCGACGAGAGCUACUCCGUGUCUAUAUGACAAAUAUAGAGCAAAUUUACCGUCGUUCUGUUGAAGAACACAGAAGCAAACUUACCAAGCUCACCGAGGACAAGAUGAGAUGGUCCAGUUUUCGCGCUUUCUGGCUUGCAAUCGACCCAAGCACAAGACAUCGCAUGUCCAGAGAGAAGAGUGAUGUCAUAUUGAAAAUAAUUGUGAAGCAUUUCUUUGUAGAGAAAGAGGUCACUUCAACACUAGUUAUGGACUCCCUGCAUACGGGGCUGAAGGCACUUGAGCACCAGUGCAGGGGAAAGAAAAGUAGAGGAAAAUUAAUGGACUCAGAGGAGUCACCACUCUCACCAGCACCUAUGGUCCAUGUUGAUAUGGACAUGUUUGUUUUAGCUGGUGAUGUCCUAGCUUUGCUUGAGAGGGCAGCUUUAGAACCCUUGCCUUGUCAACCUCUGUCUCCAAAGGAUGAUAAAUGCUCCCAGAGCCGCACUAAGGAUGGUAGUUCCGGAGAAGUUAAAGUUUCAAUUGAGCAUGAAGAAAAGCGCCUAACUGAGUUUGGUCAGAAGAUACUUGAAACUUUUGUUCUAUCUCAUAUAUUUAGUGGGAUUGAGGUCGCUUAUCAAGAAGCUGUUGCUUUGAAGAGGCAAGAAGAGCUGAUUCGUGAAGAGGAAGAAGCUGGGCUCCUUGAAAGUGAGAUGAAGGGGAAGCGCAGUAUCACUGAAAAGGAGAAGCGUGCAAAGAAAAAACAGGCCAAACAAAAGAAGAACAAUCGGAAGAUUAAAGACAAGGAUAGAGAGGAAAAGUUUGAUUCAACUUUUCCAGAAAAGGAUAAAGAUGAUAGCACCAUUCAUGAUAUGGAGGAUUCUAAGCAGGCAGGACAAGUAGACAUGAAAGUUGAUACCUCUGAAGAAGGUGCUUCAGACAUGUCAGAUAAUUUUGAUGGAUCAGCUGAGGUAUGUCAAACUGAUGCAGGUGACAAAAUUUUACAACCUUUAGGUGGGAUGAAUGUUGUUGGCAUUGAGACGGAAAAUAUGUCUACUGGGAAGAACUGUAUUGUGGAGAGCAAUCUAUCGUCAUGUUCAUCGGAAUCUGCCACUAUGAACAUUAUGCAAGGCAAAAGAGAUAACUUACCAGCCGGUUCAAGUCAGAUAUUACCUUGUCUCAGAGGGAAAGCUCAGCGCACCAGGGUCAUAAGUAGCAUGGACAGUGCCAAACAUGAUGAUGAUCUUCCCUCAAGCACCGCCACUGGUUCAGAUCGCAAUACAUCUGGCUGUGGGCCAGCACCAAAGCUUGACCACGAGACUGUUCUGCUCACCUUAAAAGAUAGGCUUCAGAAGCUUGGGCAACGUUUACAUGAGAAGGAAAUUGAGGGCAGGAAACUACUCAAGGCUCAUUUGGAAAAGAAAGCUGCAGCUGAAGCAGCAUCCUCAUCUUCCUCAUCCAGUUCUUUGGAAAAGACCCCUGGCGGUUUGAAGAACCCAGAGCAACAUUCAGUAACUAGUCCUGAUGCAUGUACCUAUGCACCACCUCGUAGGUCUCAAUCUGUAGCCACCGAUGGAGCCCUUCCAGCAAAGCAAAAUACCAGAAUAAGCAUAGAGUCUGGACCUAUUGUUGCCCCUACUCCAAAUAAGGUCGUACCAGCUUUGGGCAAAGAGCAUGUUUCAAGUUUGAAGCUGAAAACAGAUAGAGCUACUCCAGUCACCUCAAGAUCGCUGUCAGUUGAUAAAGCAGCUACACUUACUACAAGCUCGUCGCUAGUUAACAAAGCUAUUCCAGCUCCCUCUGAAUCACCUGCAGCACGGGUUGCUAAGGCUGCUAAACCUAUUCCAGCUCCCCUAAAAUCAUCUGCACCUCAGGCUGACAAGGUUACUAAAGCUACCCCAGUUCCCCCAAAUCCACCUGCACCACAUGUAGAAAAAGUUGCUAAAGCUAUUCCAGUUCUGCCAAAACCACCUGCAUCCCAGGUUGAAAAAGUUGCUAAAGCUAUUCCAGUUCUGCCCAAAUCACCUGCACCUCAGAUUGAUAAGGUUGUGUCGCUUAACGCGGUACCAAGGCAGUGGCCCCCACUGUCUAAUUCAGAACCUCGAAAAGUUUCAGUUCCUAAAAAGAUUGUUGUUACUUCUGUUCCGCGGACUCCUGCAGCAUCCAGGUCUUUAAUCGCUCCUCUGUUCCAGGCACCAAGGGCAACUUUAUCAUCUACACCUGCAGUUCAAGUACCCCCAUUGCAGUCACGUUCGUUCACUGUGUCUAGGCGAGCCAGCAACGAGCCCUCCCCUCCUGUCCCAAGUUAUGUACCGCAGACCUACCGAAAUGCCAUCAUUGGCAAUGGUGGUCUUGAUACAACCUUGUCAAGCCAUGACAAGGUAACUUCUCUAGGCCAAAGCAAUACACUUUCGGAGCCACUAUCAGCAUAUGCAUCAGCAACAUCUGUCAUGUUGCCCCCUGUUGGAAGGAACGGCCAGUUACCUGGUAAUCAAGGAUUCAUGUCUGGGCAUGGCAAGUUGGACACUCUUGAUAACUGGCACCCAUGGAAAGGUGACAGUGAUGCUAACAAACACAUGUGGAGGAAUGAUACUCCAUACCAACAGCUGAAUGGUGAUGCGCACAUACACCCAUGGAAUGAUAAUUUGUAUCAGCAAGCAAGCAACAGAGAGACAGAAGAACAAGGCAGAUUUGGGGGAAUUCAGCAUAGGCAGUUCCAGAGGGAGAUACCUACAAAUUUUGUCUCACACCAGCUGCAGGGUUUAGUGGGUGAAGAAUUCCCUCAUCUUGACAUCAUCAAUGACUUGCUUGAAGAGGAACAAAGCAAAGUGAGCAUGGCAGAGCCUCCCAUCCAUGAAUACCGUACAUUUGGCUUGCCAUUUUCUCCAAGUGGCAACUUAGUAGAGGCUGACAUUGCUUCUUUAAGUAAUUCUGGCCGGUUGAACUUGACUGACCAUUACUACGAGGGUUACCCAGGGGCCUAUGACAUGCCGAAUGCUAUACACAGGCCGAGAGAAGGGCACUUUUCCACAUCGAAUGCUUAUUCCAAUGGAAUGGUGGACUCUAUUUCAUCGAAGCCUUGGCUAUAUAGCUAUCCUAAUCCAGUGGUGAAUCCUGGAAUUAACUCAAAUGGAUAUACACAGCAGAUGGGGGACUACACCAAUUAUGCGAGCGGGAGGGUGCAUGAGGAAUACCUGUAUCGCCGUGCAGACGGGCGAUGGUAAUGCUUGUACACAACCCAUAAUGCUGUUGCUUGUAAGUUGUAAUAGGCCAUGGUGCCAGGUCAAAAGGUUGACCAUGGCCUUCAAUUGUAACUUCUCAUUUUCGAAAGGGAAAAAAGAAAUGAUACAUUAUGUAAAGUGUUGCAGUUAGGCUGUUAA